AUGGUGGGUGUUCCACGGCACAUAGCAGAACACCAAUUAAAUGUCUCAGAAAGUGCAAAACCUGUGGUACAUGCCAAACGCCACUUGGGAGACAUAAAACACGACACUAUGCAAGAGCAAGUCAUGGAACUGUUGAAUGCUGGUAUCAUCAGAGAAGUCCGAUACCAAACUUGGAUGGCGAGCCCUGUAAUGGUACAGAAACCAAAUGGCAGUUGGAGAAUGUGUGUAGAUUACAAGGAUCUGAACAAGGCAUGCCCGCGCGACUGCUACGCCUUACCAGAUAUCGAUGAGAAGAUCGACUCUCUGGAAACAUUCAGAUGGAAAUGUUUCCUUGACUGUUACAAGGGGUACCACCAGGUACAGAUGGCCGUCCAAGACGAGGACAAAACCGCAUUCUGCACGCCGACAGGGCUGUACUGCUACACCAAAAUGCCUUUCAGUCUAAAGAAUGCAGGGGCGACCUAUCAGAGACUGAUGAAUGAAACGUUCAGCGAUGCCAUCGGCAAAUACAUCGAGGUGUAUAUGGAUGACUUGGUCAUCAUGAGCAAAGAGGAAAGUACAAUGCUAGCGAAUAUUCAGAAGAUGUUUGACACACUGUGCGGAGUAAGCAUCAAGCUAAACCCAGCAAAAUGUUCUUUCGGCAUGGAAGAAGUAAAGUUCCUCGGUUUCAUUGUCACGAAGGAUGGUUUUAAAGUAAACCCCGAAAAGGUGCAAGCAAUCGAGAGAAUGCCUUCACCAUCGACUAUCAAAGAGAUGCAGAAAUUGGCAGGACGGUUGGCAGCACUCAACCGCUUCCUAGCCAAUCACGCAGCUAAAUCCUUCCCGUUUAUCAAGUCACUCCGCAAUUGCAUGAAGAAAAGCCAAUUUCAGUGGACUCCGGAAGCCGAGAGCACAUUCCGAGAGAUGAAAGAUUGUUUCAUACGACUGCCAACAUUGAUGGCGCCAGUGAAAGGAGAACCCCAGGUAUUAUAUCUGUCAGCAUCUGAUAAAGUAGUUGGAGCAGUUCUACUCGUCGAUCGCCAAGGUGUUCAAACACCAGUUUACAAUGUUUCUCGUACUCUGACCGAUCCAGAAACUCGGUACGCCAUAAUGGAAAAACUAGUGCUGGCACUAAUCCAUGCAUCAAGACGGUUGCGCAGGUACUUCGCCAACCACGUCAUUCACGUAUUAACAAAUUACAACAUUGGCAACAUCCUUGCAAGGCCCGAGAUUUCUGGAAGCUUAGCAAAGUGGGCGAUAGAACUGGGAGGCCAUAAUGUGGUUUUCAGACCGAGACCAACCCUUUUCCGGGCUCUCGCAAUGGAGAAAGCUGAAAGACAACAAGCAGAAGAACCAUGGCUACUAUACACAGACGACGCGUCUAAUGAAGAUGGCGCAGGCGCGGGACUUAGGCUGGUAAGUCCAGACAAACACGAAUUCACGUACGCCAUCAGGCUAGACUUCAAAAGCACGAAUAAUGAAGCUGAAUACGAAGCUUUUCUCGCCGGUCUGAGAUUGGCAAUCAAGAUGGGAGUCAGACACAUUGAGGCGCAUGUAGACUCCAUGUUAGUAGCCGGACAAGUCAAUGGGCAGUACGACGCCAAAGGCGACGUGAUGGCGCUCUACUUGAAUCAAGCAAAAACAUUGUUGCAAAACUUCUAUUCCUACAAGGUGCACCACAUCAACCGGAGCGAGAACAAACCGGCAGACGCAUUAAGUAAACUCGCAUCCACAAGCUUCCAGCACCUAGCCAAGGAUGUGCGCAUUGAAGUUUUGAGCAACCCAUCGGUACCACUAAGAGAAGUAAGCGUUAUUCAAUUGGGAACAACGUCGUGUAUGACUCCGAUAAUCAUGUAUCUUCAAUCUGGGAUACUACCGGAGAACAAAGCCGAAGCAAGAAAAGUUCAAUACAAGGCCGAGCACUACCAGAUGGUUGAUGGAAUCCUGUACCGAAAAUCAUACCUCGGGCCAUUGUUGAGAUGUGUCAACCCAGAAGACGCGAACUACUUGAUCAGAGAAGUGCAUGAGGGAAUCUGUGGCAUACAUGUCGGACCGAGAAUGGUGGUAGCAAAGGUGAUGAAUGUCGGGUACUACUGGCCCGGAAUGCACCUAGACACAGUAAAGGCUUUGAGAAAAUGCAGCGGGUGCCAGAGACACGUUCCCAAGACGAUGCGCCCAAAGAAUGAAUUAGUCUCCAUAACAAUGGCGUGGCCUUUCCAACAAUGGGGAUUAGAUAUGGUGGGCCCCUUUCCUGAAGCCCCAGAUGCAGUGAAAUUCAUCAUAGUCGCGACGGAUUAUUUCACAAAAUGGGUAGAGGCGAAGGCACUAGCGUCAACCACAUCUACUGUGGUACGGCGUUUCAUCUGGGAACAGAUAAUCUGCAGAUUCGGGCUGCCCCUGAGAAUCAUCACCGAUAACGGGACGGAUUUUGCUGCAGAAGAUCUCCAACGAUGGUUCAAAGAGUUACACAUAGAGCAUACGUUCUCCUUGGUUGCGCAUCCGCAGGGGAAUGGUCAAGUAGAAGCCGUUAACAAGAGCAUUGUCGACGGCAUCAAAGCACGACUGGGAGAGCAAAGAAGAGACUGGGUUGACGAAUUGCCAAGCAUAUUAUGGGCCCAUAGGACGAUGCCCAAAACAAGCAACGGGGAGACACCGUUUAGCUUAGUCUCUGGGUCAGAGGCUGUGAUACCAGCGGAGAUCGGGUUGCCAUCACCAAGAAUGCUCGCCAUGAACAUGAUAAACAAUGAAGAAGAAAGGAGGUUAGAUCUCGACCUCCUAGAAGAAAGGAGAGAGAUGGCAGCAAUAAAUGAAGCGAAAUACAAAAUAAAGCUGGAGAAGUAUUACAACUCCAAAGUCCGAAUCUGCACCUUUAACCCGGGAGAUUACAUCUUGAGAGACAAUGAGGCAUCCAACGCUGAAAAGCCCAGAAAAUUAGCUCCCAAGUGGGAGGGUCCUUAUGUUGUAGAUGCAGUACUCGGAAAAGGGGCAUAUAAGCUACGCACCCUGGACAACAAAGAGGUUCCACGAACCUGGAAUGCCCAGCAAUUAAGGAAGUGCUAUAUGUAA